AUGGCAUCCUUCAUGGUGGACCUGUGGGAGUCCAUCUUCACCCCAGGCCCCACGCCCACCAUCCUCAAGGCCGCAAACGCCUCGUUCGCCGCCCUGCAGCUCGUCCUCGCCGCCCUCCUCGCCGCCACGGCCAGCGUCCACUUCGCCGUCCUCUCGGUCCUGUGCGCCGGCCUGUGGUGGUCCAUCAACUGGUUCGCCGCCGAGCUGGCCGUCGCGCAGAAGCAGCAGCAGCUUCGCGACAAGGAGGCCGACGACGAGGACAGGGCCAAGAAGAAGAAACGCCGCCACGGAGACGACGCCGAGGCUAGUAGCGAUACCGAGGUCGAGGGCUCCGCCACGAGGGGCGUCUCCGCCGCUGCGGCGGGCGAGCUGAGGCAGAGGGCCGCCCCGGCGCAGGCCUCGCCCGAGGGGACCCAGUCGAGCGUCAGCACAGAGGAUGAGUGGGAGAAGGUUUCGGGCAGUGAGAGGGACAAGGCCAACUAG